AUGGUUAUCUCUCCGGCAGGUCAGUCGACUAGUGAAUCAUCUCCCGAUACAGCUACAGCCGACACAUCUGCCGCCGACACAUCUACAGCAGUUACAGACACAGACAAGGACACGUCUACAUCUACUAGCUCGCUCUCGAGUGUAGGUAGCGUUGUUCUCAAUCAGCUAGUUCAAUUGACUGGUCAGUCAUCUCCUGCUGCGACGACGGGUGACACAGGCACGUCUGCAUUUACCGCUUUGCCUUCUAGUGCAGGAAACGCUGUUCUCAAUCAGCUUCCUCAAUCGACUAGUCAAUCAUCUCUUGAUACGACUACCACCGAUACAUCUGCAGCAAGCACAGACAUCUCUACGCCAAUAGUUUCGUCCUCUAAUGAGAGCACUGAUGUUGCCUACCAGGUACAUCAAUCAACUAGUCAAACAUUAUCUGAUACAACAACAAUCGAGAUAUCUACAGACGAUAUAGACACAGACACAUCUGUAUCUAUUGUUUUAACUUCUACUGAGGAUACAGAUGUUACCUAUCAGGCAGAUCAAUCGACUAGUCAAUCCUCUGGUGCCAUGACUACCGACCCAUCAACAGGCACAGGCAUUUCUACAUAUACAGAUUUACCUUCUAGUUUAGAUAACCUCUUUAUCAGUCAGACGGAUGAAUCGACUAGUCAAACAUCAUCUGAUGUAACGACAACCACAAUAUCUACAACCGACACAGACACAGACACGUAUACAUCUACAGUUUCGCCUUCUCCUGUAGGUGGUGUUGUUGUUAAUCAGCUGUACCAGUGGGUGACUGUCACCUCAUACGAUGCAACAGUUUCAGCCGCGGCUACAGUCAGUUUUACUCCUUCUCUCGCAGAGCAGACGGGCACUGUUAUUGUGUAUGAGCCACAACAGUGGGUGACUGUUACGUCCUAUGGAGUUGUCACAGCUCCAUACACAACCACCAUGCCUCAGUCCGGUCCGGGCGAAACUGUGACCGUUGUGGUCGUGGAGCCACAGUCAUAUGUGACAAUUACUCGACACGGAAGUGUCACAGCACCGGCUUUGACAACCGAGAGUCCCACUGGCCCCCAGAGCGUUAUAACCGUGUUUCUUGAUCUUCCUCAGUUGUAUGGCUCGAUUUCCAUGCCUAGCACAACGACAUAUCCAGUCUCCAAUGCCGGAGAUGUUAUUACAGUAGUAAUUACUCUACAACAACUUUAUACUACUGUUACGAGUUAUGGUUCAUUUUCUACACCUAUGACUACAACAUAUCCGGCCUCUAGCGAAGGAGACACCAUGACCGUGGAGGUCAACCUCCCUCAACUCUAUACAACAGUUACAAGCUAUGGUACUUUCACUGCACCUGGGAUAAAAACAUACCCUGUCUCUCUCGCAGGCGACGUCAUCACUAUUGAGGUCGAUUUACCGCAGUUAUACACAACAGUCACAAACUAUGUUCCAGGUAUCACUGCCCCAGCGGCAACAACCCUGCCAGAAUCUGCUGCUGGUGAUGUUAUCACUGUGCUUCUCGAUCUUCCGCAGUCGUAUACAACUGUCACGUCCUAUGUCGACACUGUGACUCCACCUUUAACUGCAACAUACCAGCCCUCUAUUCCUGGCGACAGUGGUACUAUUGUAGUUGAGAUUCCCCAGGUGUACACUACAGUCAGAAGCUACCGCCCGGAUAUCACCGCUCCUGAAGCAACGACUUUGCCGGCAGCUACAGCAGGAGAUGUCAUAACUGUACUCCUUGAUCUUCCACAGUCUUACACGACUGUCACAACUUAUGUUGACAGCCUCACUACACCUUCAACUACUACAUAUCAACCUUCCCUUGAAUGGGACUUUGUCACUGUCAUGGUCAAGAUCCCUCAGGUAUACACCACUAUUACGAGCUAUGGCACCUUUGCUUCUCCUUUGACAACGACGUUGCAGCCAUCGACUGCGGGAGACGCUUACACAGUGUUGGUCGAUCUUCCUAUCUCAUAUUUAACUGUCACAAGCUACGGCUCCUUUACCCAGCCUACGACUACCACUUUGGCGCCUUCUGAUGGCUUAGCUGCUGUUGUUGUUGGACUUCCUCAACCAUAUACAACCAUAACUAGCUAUGGCUCUUUUACAACUUCUGCAACUACGACACUGGCGCCCUCUGUCCCUGGCAGCGAUGCUACUGUUCUUGUUCAAGUACCACAGUCGUAUACGACCCUGACCAGCUACGGCGAUUUCACAGGACUUUUAACCACAACACUAGACCCGUCUGCACCUGGUCCUGUGGCUACUGUUGUCGUCAAAGCCCCACAGCUGUAUACAACAGUGACAAGCUAUGGUCCUUUUACAGCAGAUGUAACUACAACGAUCGGACCCUCUAUGCCGGGAGCUCUUGCUACUGUUUUUGAGCAGGUGCCGCAGUCAUACACAACUGUGACUACAUAUGGAACUUUCACCGCUCUUGAGACUUCAACAUUAAAAGACCCUGUACCUGGUCCUCUAGCUACUGUUAUCGUUCAGGCCCCGCAGCCAUAUACAACUGUUACGAGUUAUGAGUUCAUCUCAGCUGCUACAACUACAACCUUGCCGCUCGCGUCUCAAGAUGUCGUUGCCACUGUUCUCAUCCAGCUCCCCCAGCCAUGCACUACAGUGACUAGCUAUGGCUCUUUCACUACCCCUGUAACUAGUACUGUAGCACCUUCUGCACCUGGCAGCCUGGCUACUGUUGUUGUUGGGCUCCCUCAGCUAUACACAACCGUCACCAGUUAUGGCUUCGUCACCUCAGCAGCAACCGCUACCUUGAAACCAGCCUCACAAGGUGGUGUAGCUACUGUUGUUAUCAAAGCCCCUAUGUCUUAUACAACUUUAACGACUUACGGGGCUUUCACAACUACGGCAAUUACCACCAUGGCCCCUGACUCUCAAGACAGUGUGGCGACUGUAGUUGUUCGAGUUCCCCAGUCUUACACGACUCUAACUACUUACGGUUCCUUCUCCGGUACAGCAACUACAACCUUGGCACCAGCCUCUCAGGGAGAUUCUGGCACCGUGGUCGUACAAGUUCCUCAGCCAUACACGACCCUAUUCAAAUACGGUUCCUACACGACAGGGGCAACUACUACCAUACCACCAGCUUUUCAAGGUGAUCCUGCCACUGUCAUCGUUCAAGUCGAGGCGUCGUAUACAACGGUAACAAGCUAUUCCACUGGAUUCACAGGCUCGAGCACAUCCACGGGGCCUGUACCAACAGACGGUUCACCUGCGACUGUAUGUGUUGUCCUUCCUGCCGUUGGCACUCAGGUCGCGGACCAGACAUGCGACAAUACAGGCUUGGAAUACGCCAUUUACGCCCACAAUUAUUACAAUUCCGACGCUCCCAAUUAUUCAUCCUUCGAUGCUGAAUCUUUCAAGACAAGGCUACCGACUUUUACUGGUAUUACAGACCGAAUUGGCAUCGAAGAGGUUGGUGGAGGAACGUCGGGAAAUCCCUAUACUCCCCAAAGUAUUUAUCCCCUCUCACCGAUUCAGUGGUGGCAGUACAAAGCAGUCAACCAUCGAGCAUUCUUAUACGCACCCAUCAGCGGGGUAUAUUCCAUCAUAGUUCCAUACUCUGAUGAAAUCACGUUGGUCUGGUUUGGUGACAAGGCAAUGACUUCGUGGACGCGUAGUAAUGCCGAUUUGGAGCAGGGCUAUUCUUGGGGACCGUCGGCCUCCAAGACCUACAAAAUUCAGCUCACAGCGGGUACUUACACCCCGUUUCGUCUCUUGUGGGCCAAUGCGUAG